AUGAACACAUGUAAUAAAAUUAUAACUAUCAGCACUGAACUGGAUGAAGUAUUCGAUGAUUUUAAGGAAGAACUGAUGACGCAAGCAUCAGAAUUUCAAGAGAAAGAUUCAAAUUGGGUAUUGCAGGAAAUAAUGUUUUUAGAUGUUAACAUAAACAAAUAUAGUAGUAUUUCCGCAUCAACAUAUAUUCGUCUCCCAAUACCUAUAGUACGAAAACACGCUAUUUUAAAUAUCGAAAACAAAGAUAAUAAGUGUUUUGCAUGGAGUAUUAUUGCAGCUAUUUUUCCUGCUAGUGGCAACCCAACUAAACCAGAAUCAUAUCCACCAUACGAUACUUUGUUGAAUUUUGAAGGAAUUGACUUUCCGAUGAAACUAAAAGACAUUAAAAAGUUUGAGAACCAUAAUAAUAUUUCAGUAAAUGUUUAUGGACUAGAAUCAAAUUUCGUAAAUAAUAAAAGGCAAUAUGAAAUAGUUGGACCAUUGCAUUUUACAAGUAAUCGCCAUCCCACUCACGUAAACCUUUUGCUUAUAACAAAUGAUAAACAAAGUCAUUAUUGUCUGAUUCUAGACAUAUCGAGACUUGUAAAAAGUCAAAAAACAAAAAAUUGUCGCAAAGAAUACUUAUGUGAUGGAUGUCUACAAUUCUUUGACAGUGAAGAAAAGCUCCAUAAUCACCAAAAUAAUGACUGUUCUCAUAUUUACACAGAACUUCCCACAACGAAACCUAAAAUUAAUAAGUUUGGUGAAAUGGUGCCAGAAAAUAUACUAAAAUUUAUAAAUAUCCAAAAAAUGUUACCUGUGCCAUUUGUGAUCUAUGCUGAUUUUGAAAGUUUGCUAAAGCCCAUAGACCAUGUUGAACCUUGUAAUGGAAAUUCAUAUUCCGUUAAAACUGCUGAACACCAAGCAUAUUCGUUUGCAUUUUACCUUAAAUGCAACUAUGAUGAUUCACUUUCUAAACUAAUAAAAUAUGAAGGACAUGAUGCUCCCAAAGUGUUUAUACAGAAAUUGGAUGAUUUAGUGCAUGAACUAUAUAACAAUCACCUUAAACAUAUUAAACCAAUGUCGCCGUUAACUAAAGAAGAAAUUGAAAAACAUGAGACUGCUACCGAGUGUUACUUGUGUGGAAAGCCAUUUAAUCCUUUCAAUCCAAAAUCUCAACGCGAGAAACUGGACUCCGACAUUCUUCCAUAUCACACGGUCCCUGCUCAGUCAGCAUUUUUGGCAAAAUCUUUGGAUAUUCUGAGCACAACUUUAGACUCGGAGCAGUGUACAGAAAUUAGAAAGUAUUUUCCAAAUACUAAACACUUUGAACUUGUGAGACACAAGGGUGUCUUUCCUUAUUCAUAUAUGGAUGGAUUUGACAGACUUAAAGAAAAAACACUACCACCUAAAGAAAAUUUCUACAAUAAUCUAACUAACAAACACAUUUCUGAUGAAGAUUAUGCAAGAGCAAUUGAUGUAUGGAACACAUUUGAUUGUAAAUCUCUGAGUGACUAUGCUAUGGUGUACUUAGUAUCAGAUGUCUUAUUAUUGGCUGAUGUGUUUGAAAAUUUUAGAAAAAUAUGUCACAAAGAAUACAAUUUGGAUCCUUGUCACUACAUAACUGCUCCUGCAUUAAGUUGGGAUGCUAUGUUAAGAUAUACCGAAAUUGAACUAGAGCUUCUUACAGAUGUGGACAUGGUACACUUUUUAAAGAAAGGAGUAAGAGGAGGUGUGGCACAAUGUAGCAAACGAGAAGCCGUGGCCAAUAAUCAAUAUGUACCCAACUAUGAUCCACAACAACCCGAGUCUUACAUAAUGUAUCUAGAUGCCACAAAUUUAUAUGGUGCAGCCAUGUGUCAAUAUCUUCCAUAUGGAAAUUUUAAAUGGGUAACUGAUGUUGAAAACUUCAACUAUUUUUCGGUGGAGGAUGAUGAGGAUAAAGGGUAUGUGUUGGAAGUGGAUUUGGAAUAUCCAGCUCAUUUACAUUCUUUACAUAAUGAUUUGCCAUUCUGCCCCGAGAGCAUGGUACCUCCAGGAAGCAAAUAUCCUAAACUUAUCCCAAAUUUCAACAAUAAAACUAAAUACAUUAUCCAUUAUCGCAAUCUUAAGCAGUGUCUUAGGUAUGGUCUGGUACUAAAAAGGAUUCAUCGUAUACUAGAGUUUUCACAAUCACCAUGGUUAAAAAAAUAUAUUGACCUAAACACAUCACUCAGAAACAAGGCCAAAAACGAGUUUGAACGGGAUCUUUUUAAGCUUCUGGUUAAUGCGAUAUUCGGUAAAACUCUAGAAAACGUUGAAAAAAGAAGAGAUAUCCGCCUGUGCACCCGCUGGGAAACAAAAACAAGGUCAUUGGGAGCCAGGGUACUUAUCUCCAAACCAGAAUUCAAGUCUUGUUCCGUGUUUAAUGAGAAUUUGGUGGCGAUCCAUUUGGGUGAAACCAAAAUAGUUUAUGACAAGCCUCUCUAUGUUGGUUUCACAAUUUUAGAUUUAUCAAAAACAGUGAUAUAUGAUUUUUAUUAUGGAUACAUCAAAAAGAAAUAUGGGGAAGCUGCAAACUUGUUAUACACAGACACAGACUCCCUGAUUAUGGAGAUAUAUACCCCCAAUUUCUAUGAGGAUAUGAAAAGAAAUUUAGAACAUUUCGACACCUCCAACUAUCCAACUGAUAAUAUUCGCAGGAUACCGAAAACACAAUCAAUACUAGGAAAAAUGAAAGAUGAAUUUGCAUCUGUACCCAUUAAAUGUUUCUAUGGUACAGGUGCUAAAGCUUAUUGCAUAGAAGCAAAUAAAAUAAUAAAAAAAGCAAAAGGCAUUUCAAAACACGUAACCAAAACACAGUUGCAAAAGAGUGAUUAUGUACUAUUAGUGAAAAAAGGUGGUGUAAUUUUUAGAAAAAUGUAUGUAUUUGUGUCUAAUUUACAUACCAUAUAUACUGAACUUAGGAAUAAAGUGGCAUUAUCUUCUAAGGAUGACAAACGCUGUGUAAUAAACGGUGACGUAAAAACUCUUGCUUGGGGGCAUUUUCUAAUUAGUCCACAUAAUGGUACUAUAGAUGAUCUUAUUAGGUAUGGGAAUGAGCUGCUACACACCCCGGAAUUGGUCGAUUUAGAAAAGAUUCCUCUUGAAGAAUUGUUUCAAGUCGAUUCUUUUCAAUAUGAUUCAUACUUGUAA